GCUCCUCCAUAAGCCCACUAGCUAUAACCUCGUCCUCCUACUUCUUCCUCCUGCUGCAAAACCCCUACCUCUCUCUCGCACGCGCUCAAAACGCACGCCGGCACACCAUUAUCCUACAAUGGCGGACGUGGUACAGUUCAAGCUGGAGCGUAUGCUCGACGAGCUAGAUGACUUGGAGCGACGCGGCUUGUUUAGCCGCCGUGAGAUAGCAGAGAUAGUCAAGCAGCGUCGCAAGUUUGAGUAUAGGCUCAAGCGGCCAAGCCCACUGAAGCAGGAUUUUUUAGCCUAUAUUGACUAUGAAAAACAACUCGAUGCCCUCCGCCUCCUCCGGAAAAAAUCCCUUUCAAAGAAUUCCGGCAACAAGAAAACGAAAAAAUCCGUCUCAGAUUACGCUGGUGUUUCUAGGAUUAUAGAAAUUUACAGACUCGCGACAAUCCGAUUCAAAAGUGAUAUUCAGCUCUGGUUCCAGUACUUGGAAUUCUGUAAAGCACGGGGGCACGGUAGGAUGAAAAAGGCUUUAGCCCAAGUAAUUAGGUUUCAUCCAAAAUUGCCCGGCGUUUGGAUUUAUGCUGCUGCUUGGGAAUUCGACCACAACCUGAAUGUCACAGCUGCUCGUGCUCUUAUGCAAAGUGGUUUGAGAGCAUGCCCGACUUCUGAGGAUCUUUGGGUAGAGUAUCUUCGCAUGGAACUUACAUACCUUAACAAAUUAAAAGCUCGAAAGGUUGCUUUAGGGGAGGAUGAAAGAACCCCGACUAAGGAUACUUGUGAUGCUGAUGAGGAACGGUGGAGAGAUGAGAACAAUGAAUUAUUUAUGGCCCUUGAUGAGAGGAAAGAUGAUAGUAAGACAUCUGGUGUCCAAGAUGGUGAGUCUGAGGAGAAGGUAGACGUCCUCAGGGAACAUGGUUUAAAUGUUCUUCAUACUGUUUAUAAUAGUGCAAUUGAAGCUCUACCUUCUAGUUUCACCCUGAGAACGAAGUUCAUUCAGAUACUGGAAGCAACAAACUUAACCCAUUCAGAAGAUAUGCGAAAUGAGAUACUUAAUGACAUGAAAAAAGAUUUCUUGCGAGAACCGAAAUACUGGGAUUGGCUUGCAAGACUUGAAACAGCUGACUUUAAAGAAAUUAAACAAAAGCAAUUAAGCAAAGCAAUUCAGGUUUAUGAGGAGAGUUUGGAAACUGUGCCAUCAGCUACAAUGUUCAAUCUAUAUGUUAAGUUUCUCAUGGAUGCAAUUAAAAAUGAAAAUGGUGAUAAAAUGUCUGCUGUUCACUCCUGGUCAUCUGCUCAUUCUCUUCAUCCUAUUUCACGUCUUCAAAUAGUAUUUGAGAAGGCCGAAAGUCUUGGUUGCAUUACUGAAGAUCUUGCUUGUCAGCAUGUUUCAUUUUUGUUGCAACUGGGAAAAUCUGAGGAAGCUAAAGUGCUGAUACGAAAGCUUUGUAAUGGAAAAUUUUCACAUGCAGUGCAUUUAUGGACUUUGUGUCUCUCAAUGGAAAUGAGAAACAUUCAAAACAAAUUGCCUUUUACUAGCAAGGCUGAUCUAUCAUCCAUCUUUACACUCCUAAUUGAUGUUCUGAAGAAAGUGAGCAUUUCAGAAGCUGAAAAUCUGUGGCUAAUGGGGCUAAAGUAUUUUGCAAACCAAAGACAUCAUUUUGACAAGCUGGUGGAGACUUCUAUUGUUUUAUUGGCCAAAGAUGGUGGAAGUGAUAGUGGAUUUUCUCUCUCUUCGGCCAUUGUAAAUUUUGUUCUUCAGAGGGACGGAGCAAAGGCUGCAAGAGAAAUUUAUAGACGAUUUCUUACUUUACCUCAUCCAGGACUUGCUAUGUAUAGAAAUUGCAUUGAGCUGGAAUUGAACCUCACCUCUGCUGGGGACAAGAGUUGUCUACAAAAUGCUCGGAAAUUGUAUGAAUCUGCACUUUCAACUUAUAGUCAAGAUGCACGCUUGUGGCAAGACUAUUAUUCGAUGGAAAUCAAGAUGGGGACGUCUGAAACAGCUGCAGCUGUCCAUUGGCGUUCUAGGAAAGUGCUCAAAAACUGCGAUUCACUUGUUCCUUCUACAACCAUGUGAUGGAUUUAUGCUAAUCACUUUUGAGCAUGUACAUUUUUUUUUUUUUUGAUCAAAACCUGUUUUAAUUUAUUUGUUGAUGACCCAGGGACCAUGUAAUGUGAACUAAUUUUUUUUGUGGGAGAUUUUGUCCAUGUUAUCAUCCCAUCAUAUGUAAUUUCUUAUUUUGUCCAUUUUCUUUUAUAGUAGAAUAUGUAUUAUUUAUAAAAUAGGCUACCGUUAACUGUCUUGUACGGCCAUUUUCCAAGUUUUUAUUUUGAAAAUUUUGGUAGCUAUUUUUAUUA